AUGUCCAACGAUGACUCUACUUGGACCUACUAUCACUAUGAUCCUUCGUUACCAGCGGCCUUGAUCUUCACGAUUCUGUUCGGCAUAAGCUCAGUGGUUCACACGAUUCAAAUGCUGCGUACACGCACUUGGUGCUUUAUUCCUUAUGUUAUAGGGGGCUACUUUGAGUGUGUCGGAUACAUUGGCCGUGCUCAAGGACAUUAUGAGACACCAAAUUGGACUUUAGGGCCUUAUGUACUUCAAAGUCUUCUAAUUCUCGUUGCUCCUGCCUUGUUCGCCGCUUCCAUAUAUAUGGUGCUGGGGAGACUUAUUCUCAUCACUAAGCAUCCAGAAUAUGCCAUUGUGAAACCCCGAUGGUUGACGAGAUUCUUCGUCUCCGGAGAUGUAAUAUCUUUCCUUGUCCAAGCGGCCGGUGCCGGACUCAUGGUUACCGGAGCGAACGGGAUGAGGACGGGUGAAGAUGUUGUGAUUGCCGGCCUGUUCAUCCAGAUCGCCUUCUUUGGACUGUUCAUAGUCACCGCUACCGUGUUGCUUUGGCGUAUGCAGCGCAACCAGUCUGCUGCACGGCUCACUAUCCCAGGUCUUCCAUGGCGAAAGAACCUGCUAGUGAUGUACGCCGCCUGCCUUCUUAUUAUGGCGCGGUUAGUCUUUCGCGUUAUCGAGUAUAUUCAAGGGAACAACGGCUACCUACUCCGCCACGAGGCCUUUCUCUACGUCUUCGACGGGGCCCUCAUGUUCAUGCAGAUGCUGCUCUACAAUAUGUGCCAUCCGAGUGAGCUGAUCUCCACAGGAAAGACGGCAAUUUUGCCGAAUGGCCAGUCUAGCAGUGUCCGCUUGCGCCCGUUCUUUGUGUAA